CCCGAUGUAUUACUUCACAUCUCCGACUCUGCUUAGUUGAUUUAGUUGAUUCAGUGAUAACGACGCAUUGCUAAUGAUAAGUGUUGAAUGAAUUACCAUUACCUCUUGACACGAUGACUUGAAUUAAACUUAAAAAUACAAGAAGUAAAUAAAAACUUUCUUCGGUAGUUUAAUUAAAAUAUAAAAUGGAUGUUAGUGUAAAACAAGAUGGCGGAACACAAUGGCGUCAAAUAUAUUCAAUAAUAACAGUUUGUUUAAAUUCAAUUACAACUGGUUUAUUAUUAUCAUGGACAUCACCUUCAAUCCCCUUACUACAACAGGAAGGCGUGUCUAUGACCGAAGCCUCCUAUUUGACAGUAAUACCGCCUUUGACAUCAAUCUGUGUAAGUCCCUUCGUUGGUAAAUUAAUCGAUUGGAUCGGACGACGUCGUGCUGUGUUAAGUGUAACACUAUCAUACACUAUCGCCUGGCUUUUAAUUAUAUUAGCAAAUAAUAUAACAAUAAGCCCCGCCCCUGGGUACCUCCCACAAAUCUACAUUUACUACGCAGCACGUGUAUUCACUGGCAUAGGUGACGCCUGUGUCUUCACAACAAUUCCAGGUUAUGUCACUGAGAUAGCCACGCCUGCAGUGAGAGGAACAUGGGGCAACUGCAUCUCUUUAUCAAUUUUAUUCGGACAAUUCCUAAUCAACUUAAUUGGUGCUUACCUGUCCAUAGUAAACACAGCAUAUGUUUGUUUACUUCUUCCAGUGGUUUUUCUGGUAAAUUUUAUGUUUAUCAAAGAAUCACCGUAUUAUUUAUUGAUGAAAGGAAGAGUUGAUGAUGCACGCUCCUCCCUUCAAUGGUUACGUGGUGCUAAAAGCCCCGCCCAUGUCGAGGAGGAGCUUAUAAAACUCACCAGUGAUGUCCAACGUCAAAUGUCAGAAACAGGGCGGUAUUAUGACCUCAUAAAAAUAAAAUCCAAUAGAAAAGCUUGUUUAAUAGGUAUAGUCAUCAGAGCAGUCCAGCAAUUAUCAGGAAUAUCUGCUUUUUCUUACUAUUCACAAACAAUAUUCAUAGAAUCCGGAAGUGAUCUAUCACCUAGCAUGUCCGCCAUUGUUUUCACCGCCAUUUUGUUCAUAUGCACAUUUUUGGCUUCCUUUGUUUUGGAUAUACUUGGACGUAGAAGAGCUAUGUUGAUCAGUUGUGCGGGAUGCAGUUUAGUGUUAUUCAUACAAUCAGGUUUCUUUUAUAUACAGGAUGAGACGGAAAUAAUCAUGGAAGGAUUCCAAGUGUUUCCUUUGAUAUCAAUGGUGACUUAUGUGUUCUUUUAUGCGAUAGGACUAGGAUUAGUACCUACUUUGAUACUGGGUGAAUUAUUUUCAUCCAGUGUGAAAAGCAAAGCUUUUGUGGUUAUGAAUAUGUCUUUUGGUAUAUCAAUGGCGUCUUCAGCACAGAUUUUUGCUGUUUGUUUGAGUACUGCUGGAUUGUAUGCAGCGUUUUUGUUUUUGGCAAUUUGUACGAUGGGAGGUAUAGGUGUAAGUUAUUAUUUGUACCGGAAACAAAAGGGAAAACUUUGGAAGAGAUUCAACAAGGUUUUAAAAAGUAAAAAGUGUAAAAAUGUAAAUUUUACAUAUGCUUUUUACUAUAGGCAACCAACGUUGUCAGUAUUCCAUUUACGUGACCCAACUGAAAGCAGAAUUAGUUUAAUAGAAUACAAAAUGGUCGUUGAUGUUACUUACCAUCAAAAUGGUAAACAAUGGCGGCAAGUAUACUCAAUAUUAAUAGUUUGUUUAAAUACAAUAUCAACUGGUCAGUGCCUAGCAUGGACAUCUCCAUUCAUACCAAUCCUCCGCCAACAAGGCGUGUCCAUGGAAGAAGCCACCUACUUAUCAAUAAUCCCACCUUUGACAACAAUAAUAGCAAGUCCAUUAGUCGGUAAAUUAAUAGACUGGAUUGGAAGACGUCCUGCAAUAUUAAGCGUGACACUAUCAUACACCAUCUACUGGCUACUAAUAAUAAUAGCAGCUAAUGCAACAACAAGCCCCGCCUCCGAGUACCUCCCACGCCCCCUCUACAUUUACUACGCAGCACGUGUAUUCAACGGCAUUGGUGACUCCUGCGUCUUCUCAACAAUCCCAUGCUACGUCACCGAAAUAACAACGCCAUCUGUACGUGGCACAUGGGGAAACUGCAUCUCUUUAUCCAUCUUCUUCGGACAGUUCCUAAUGAAUAUAAUAGGAUCAUAUCUAUCCAUAGCCAACACAGCAUACGUAUGUUUACUACUUCCAUUGGUGUUUAUUUUAAAUUAUUUCUUCAUCAAAGAAACACCGUAUUAUUUACUGAUGAAAGGAAGAGUUGAUGAUGCACGCUCCUCCCUUCAAUGGUUACGUAAUACAAGCGCCACCUAUGUAGAGGAGGAGCUUAUACAACUCACCAGUGAUGUCCAACGUCAAAUGUCAGAAACAGGGCGGUACUAUGACCUCAUAAAGAUAUCAUCCAAUCGAAAAGCUUGUUUGAUUGGAAUACUCAUCAGAGCCUCACAACAAUUCUCAGGAAUAUCUGCGUUUUCUUAUUAUUCACAAACAAUAUUCAUCGAAUCCGGAAGUGAUCUAUCUCCUAGCAUGUCCGCCAUUGUUUUCACUGGGAUUUUAUUCAUCUGCACAUUUUUCGCUUCUUUUGUUUUGGAUUAUCUUGGACGUAGAAAAGCAAUGUUGAUCAGUUGUACUGGAUGCACUCUAGUGUUAUUCAUACAAGCAGCUUUCUUUUAUAUACAGGAUGAAACAGAAAUAAUCAUGGAAGGAUUUAAAGUGUUUCCGUUGAUAUCAAUGGUGACUUAUGUGUUGGUUUAUGCUAUUGGAUUGGGACUGGUUCCUACUUUAAUGUUGGGUGAAUUGUUUUCAUCAAGUGUGAAGAGUAAAGCAUUUGUGGUUAUGAAUGUAUUUUUUGGAAUAUGUAUUGCUUCAUCAGCGGAGGUGUUUGCGGUUUGUUUGAGUGUGGUUGGGUUGUAUGCAGCGUUUUUGUUUUUGGCGAUUUGUACGGCGGGGAGUAUAGGGAUUAGUUAUUGUGUUGUUCCGGAAACUAAAGGGAAGACUUUGGAAGAAAUUCAGCAAGGAUUUAAACAAUAAUUGAUUGUAAUUGUAGUUAAAGUGUAAAUAAUAAAAAAUAAUUGAUUUUAAGUGGAAAUUAUU